UUGAGCAAUACUAUCAAGCUCAGACUUGAACACGCACGUGAUCUAUUUUAACCUCUGCUGACGCUGCCAGUCUUCGUUAUUACACCUGAUAGUAUAUAGGAACGCACGUGUAUAUAGCACAGGGACUCCCAAGUUAGAUCUACACGGGAACCAGGUAACCUAGCAACAUGCCGGGGAUUAAACGUAAGGCAUCACGUGCUUCGCCUUAUGAACCAGUCAGUAAACUGACCAAACAGCGAACGUCCACCACAGUGAAACCUGUCAGGGAGAAAUCCACCAUCCGACCACCGCUGCCUCUACCAAAAUGGCCAAGUCUUAAAAGAAAAACGACGAAAGAAAGCGCCAGCCCCGGAGGAUCAGGAGACGCGUCCCCUCCCCCGGGAUUGAGAAGGGCCCCCACCCUUACCCUCGAAGAUAAAGAACCCGAGUCGGCUUCACCUCUCUCUGGCAAGAAGAGUUUGUCAAAGAAAGGGUCUGUUGUUGUAGGCGAGGUCGUUACUGCCCCUUCACUGCCUAAAACCGCCUCCAUCGUUGAAGGUGACGAUAGAGUUACGACCUUGACCCGGUUGGCUUCUGGGUCAACUGUCGGUCGCACCACUAGUUUCUCUGAAGCACCUGCAGCAAUAAGCAAGGAAUUGUCCAAGACAUCCACCAGUACCAAGACGCCCCUCAUCUGUAAGAGCAUCAGCAGAGGAGGCAGCAUCGUCAUCGGCGGUGGAGACGUCCCAUCUCUCAGCAAGUCGUCGUCCAAGUCCAAGUCCAAGUCGUCGAAAGCGGGGUCCGAAACUGGAGUCGCUUUGGAGAAGGUUCUCAGUCUCAGUAAGUCUCUGUCCAAACCGUCGCUGACGAAGGAGAAGUCUGCCAGCCUCAUCAGUGCCGCCGCUGAAGAAGCUGCAGCUGCUGAUGAUGAAGAGGAUGGUGACGGUGCAGUCGUAGUGGACAUCCCCCUUCCACCUGGGGGACUCAUGGAGAUCGUCUUCUCAUUUGAUACAACAGGCUCCAUGUACAGCUGUCUGGACCAGGUCCGAAGCCAAAUCCAGGACAUGGUUCAGCGUCUCCAGGCAGACAUCCCUGGCAUUCGCAUCGGCAUCUUCGCCCAUGGCGACUACUGCGACGCCAGCAACUACGUUGUUCAGUGGAUCGACUUUGGCGCCUCCACCCCCGAGAUCUGCAAGUUCGUUAAAGACGUAAAGGGUACCGGAGGUGGUGACUUCCCCGAGGCCUACGAAGUGGUGUUGAGACGCUGUCAGAGCGUUCUGUCCUGGACCCCAGGAAGUCAGCGUUCUCUGGUGAUGAUCGGGGACGCCACCCCCCACGAGGCGGAUGAUCCUCAGAAUGAGGAGAACAUUGACUGGAAGACAGAGUGCAGGGCUCUGAGAGAUAUGGGCGUCCGCAUCUAUGGUGUACAGUCCGGGUCAAACAGUGAGUCAGGAACCUUCUUCAAAGAAAUGACCCGCAUCACUAUGGGUCGCCACUUGCAACUGGAUCAGUUCUCAAACAUCUUCGACAUGAUUAUGGCUAUCUGCUACAGAGAGAGGGGAGCAGACUUCCUCGAGGCAUACGAGGAUGAAGUUCGGGGACGCCACGGAGGAGGGGCCAUCAAUAAAGAUCUGGAGGGAUUGUUUGGGACCCUGAGAGAUGACACUGGCCUUUCAGGGUUGACAUCAUCAAAACCCGUAAUGACAGGGGUCAAGAAGGGUAUUCCGAAAGCCACAGCCCUGAAGAAACUGAAAGCGGUGGUGAAGGCUAAAGGCGCGGCUAAGAAGGUCAAGGGCGCUGGGAAAACCAAACCUAAAGCAAAAACGGCAAAGAAAAAAGGAGGAGCAAAGAAAACGAAAAAGCCAAAGGCGAAGGCAAAAGAAUCUAAGAAGUUCCUACGUGAAAAUGUAAACGACAAGAACUUCGUCUUCGGCUCCAAUGACGAUGGCUUCGAAGAUGCAUUGCUGGUCGACAUGGACUGGACGAAUUGGAAGCGCGCAAUCUACCCCGCCAAGAUACCUCUCUACUCAAAGUCCAGGUCCGUCCGUGGCAAUAAGCGGACAUUCAAAGCAGCUGACGGAUACGUGAGGGCCGAUUUGUUCAAGAGGAAGCACGAUGUCCAGGCAAUUUACGAACUCGGCGUACGACCUCCUGGGACCAAUCGGAAGCGCAUCUACACGACGCUGUUUAAAUUUUCAAACGGGUUUAAGAACAAUCAUUCAUGGGAUUCAUUCCUGUUGAGGAACAAACAAGUGUUGGAGGCGGUGAGAAGUGUUAUCGCACGGAAGGGACUGAUCUUUGUCAGGCGAGCUGUGUAUCCUUCCGACAAUGACAUUUGGUUCCCGGAUACAAUCAAGCGCAUCAACGAAAUAUUUGACUAUGCAUGGAACAGGCGCACGAAAGCGUGUGAAACGUUCAGAACCAUUGAAAGAAGUGGUUUUAUCAUCAGUGGUGUCAGAAAGGUUCGCAACACUCCUAAGAAGAAGACGACACCCAAAAAAGCUGCCCCCUCUAAGGGUAAAAGCGCAUCUAAAGAAACAAAGGCAGCUUCUGUAAAGAAACCAAAGAAUAUACCCAAAACCAAUAAAACGGCAGCUAAAAAAGCCAAACCGACUAAGAAGACAAAGACACCCGCUAAAAAAGCAAAAGGCAAAGGAAAGAAGGCAGCUAAAUAGACUGAAUUAAUAGUGUUCAACUGCCAUUUUAUAUAUAUUUUGAUAUCAUCAGGGAGACUAGAGCACCAGUACCUUCAUCAGCAUCUCGACCAACAUACUGGAUGCUCACAGAGGAAUACAUAGCCAUGGGGGCUAGACGCCAUAGUGCUAAAUAACUUUACAUUUUCAGAUAAAUCACAUGACUUGGGUGGAAUACUGAUUUAAAACAAUGAAAAGCAUUGUAGCAUCCCAUUCAUGACCAACAAUGCCUUCUUUCAUUUCCAUUAUUUAAAAAUACCGAUCUAUUUAGAUAUAUUGUACCUUUUGAUAGAGAUGGUCGCACGUCUUGUUAACAUACAUUUUUAUCGGAGGUGCUGCCUUUGUUCAUUGCAUUCUGAAGUCUGCAUGUUGGAUUCCAACUUCAACUUGGUUUUCGGGUUUGUUUCCAUGAUGCAUGGAUUGAAAACAACAUGAUACCCGAAAAGCAUUGUCCUUUGGCAUGCAAAAGAAGAAAGGAAAGGAUUUUAUUAAUUACUGAAUACUCCUCAACACUGUAAUGAAAUGGGAAAUCUUUGGUGGGCGGAACUCCAGGUGAAUGCGUGUAUAUUGUUGAAUGUUUUGUGUUUACACGGCAAACCAUGUUUACUAAUUUUCAUAUAAAGGAUUCAUGAGUGUCAAGAAUCAUAUUCAUUAACUGAAUGUACAUUGACAAGGCAGCAGUGUCUGAUGUAGGUGUACUAUUAAUAACAUGACACUUGUUAUUACAGAACAGAAUUAUUAUAACAGAACAAUUUAGAUAAUAACUAGAAUCUAAUCAUCGUGUCUUCCAAGAUAAAUUACAUCAAGACUUGGUGAUAAAAAAAAAAAUAUCCUCGGCAAGCCUUUGGAUAACUUUUAUCAACGCGUGUUGAUAUAUUUGACCUCGGAAGACACUCGGAUGAGAUUUUCUAUUUUUUAUAUAUACUGUUUUCUCAUGUUUUUGUAGAUAAAAAAAUGUAAUCGAAAAGAAA